AUGUCCAACGAACGUCGGCUGAAGAAUCUGAAAACCCGGCAGAAGAGUCUGCUUGCAUCGUUCUUCAACAUCAAGGCCUUCGUGGAGGCCUACGAAGAAGAGCAGCAUGAAUGCCAGGUACUCGGUCGACUCGAGCACCUGGUUAGUCUCUGGAACGACUUCAAUGCGGUGCAGGCGGAACUCGAGACUCUGGAUGAAGCAGAAGUCGACAAUCAUCUCAAGCAACGGAUUGAAUUUGAGUCGUCAUUCUUCGAAGUGAAAGGCUUUCUGCUCUCUAAAAAUAAAAGCUCUCCUUCGCCGCCCACUCCUUCCUCUUCUCAUUCUACGCCACACGUCCCUGCUUGGUCAUCGCACGUACGCUUACCUGACGUCAAACUUCCGGUAUUUAAUGGCAACAUCGACAGUUGGUUGAACUUCCACGACUUGUUUGUCUCGCUGGUCCACUGCUCUCACGAACUAUCUAACAUCCAGAAGUUCUACUAUCUUCGUUCUUCUCUAUCCGGAGAAGCUUUGAAACUUAUUCAAACCAUCUCAAUUAGCGCAAACAAUUAUCUUGUGGCUUGGACCUUGUUGGUUGACCACUACCAAAAACCAGCAAGAUUGAAGCAAUCUUACGUGGACUCACUCUUCGAAUUUCCAUCCCUGAAUCGCGAAUCUGCUAUAGAGUUGCGCAAUCUCGUCGAGAGAUUUGAGGCGAACGUAAAGGUUCUCAAACAACUUGGCGAAAAAACCGAAUUUUGGGACAUACUUCUCAUUCGAAUGCUCAGCAUCAGACUAGACCCUACAACGAGACGCGACUGGGAGGAAUACUCUUCGACUCUACCUUCAAUUUCCUUCCCCGAUCUGACUGGUUUCAUCCAGCGGCGUGCAAGCGUUCUUGAAACCAUCGGAAAGAACAUCGAACAGAUGCCGAGCAACGUCAUCAACAAAAAACCUUCGCAGCGGCCAGUCACCAGCCACGGAGCCAACCAAUCCAGCUUCCGCAAAUGCAUAUCCUGUUCUGAGCAUCAUCCCCUGUAUUUGUGUUCUGUUUUUUCGAAGCUGAGCCUUGAAGAGAAGGAGAAGGAAGUACGUCAACAUCAGCUAUGCAGGAACUGUCUACGUAAAGGUCAUCACGUGAAGGACUGCUCAUCCACUAGCACCUGUCGGUACUGCCGAGGUCGUCAUCACUCCCAGAUCUGCACCAAUGGAACCUCCGGAGACUGCAACACAACCAAGCCAAGACAACCAUCGAAGCCCACGAACGAACAGCCCUCUGUAUCGUUACCUGCCGCUCUCAAGGACACUCCAUGUUUUGCUGCAGCUAAAGGCAUCCGUAAAAAUGUCCUCUUGGCUACAGCGGUACUAAUUCUCAUCGACGAAAACGGCACGGAGCACUCCGCUCGAGCACUUCUCGACUCUGGCAGUGAAUCGUGCUUCAUCUCUCAAUCGUUCUCUCAACUCAUCAAAGUUCAUCGCCAGAAACUCAACUGUCCCAUCAUCGGAAUCGGUCAAUCCAUCACUCAAGCUCGUUUCAAGGUUCGAUCCACCAUCCGCUCACGUGUGAGUCAGUACUCUGCCACGUUAGAAUUCCUCGUAUUGCCGAAGAUAACCAUUGACCUCCCUUCAACGUCCGUAAACACCUCAUCCUGGAGCAUUCCAUCUAGUAUAGAGCUUGCCGAUCCAUCGUUCUACAAAUCAAGUCGAAUUGAUCUCAUUCUGGGUGCCCAAAUCUUUUUCGACUUAAUCAAAACAUCGGAAAGAAUCCCGCUCGGUGAUGGCCUUCCAACCUUAGUCAACUCCGUUCUCGGUUGGAUCGUUACCGGCAAAAAUGAGGAACCUCGCACUUCAAUUCGUCCUGUCGUGGCUAACUUGGCUAGCACCAGCGAUCUCAACCAGCUAAUGGAACGAUUUUGGUCUCUUGAAAACGACGACACAUCACCCAACUACUCCGUUGAAGAAGCAGCUUGCGAAAAUCAUUUCCUGCAACACGUUUCUCGCACACCUGAGGGCCGCUACUGCGUCCGCCUACCGACCAAAAGGGACAUCCUGGACAAACUGACCGACAACCGACGAACCGCACUUCGACGCUUUCACAUGCUUGAAAGUAAACUCAACCGGAACCAGACCCUCAAACAGCAGUACGACAGCUUCAUGGACGAAUAUGAAUCGCUAGGCCAUAUGCAGAAGGUACUUGACCUAGACCAACCACCCACUCCAUGCUAUCACCUACCUCACCAUGCAGUAGUCCGAGAAGAGAGCACCACAACGAAGGUCCGCGUAGUUUUCGACGCGUCAUGCAAGACGCCCAACGGUCCUUCUUUAAACAGCGCCCUCAUGAUCGGACCCAUCGUUCAGGAAGAUCUACGUUCCAUCAUCAUGCGUUCCAGACUUCGACCAGUGAUGCUGAUAGCCGACAUCAAGCAGAUGUACCGACAGAUUCUUGUUCAUGAAGAUGACACUCCCUUGCAGCGAAUCGUUUGGCGAGCCUCACCCGACGCACCGAUGUGGACCUACGAGCUUAAGACCGUCACGUAUGGCACUGCCAGUGCCCCGUACUUGGCGACUAGAGUAUUACAACAGCUAGCAGACGACGAGUGCGACCAGUUUCCAGAGGCAGCGAGAGUACUCAAACGGGAUUUCUACGUCGACGACCUUUUUUCUGGAGCUGAUUCCGUCGACGAAGCCGUUCAUCUUCGAAAGCAACUUCAUGCGCUGCUGAUCAAGGGUGGCUUUGAACUCCGAAAAUGGGCAUCGAACAAGCCAGCAGUUCUCGAAGACGUAACUCCAGACAAUCGUGCUCUUCAAGCAUCAGUGGACUUCGACAGAGACCAAUGUCUGAAAACUCUCGGGUUACACUGGGAGCCCGCAACAGAUCACCUGCGCUACUAA